UUUAUACGUCGUUGUCUCUUUGUAUCGUUCGAAGUUCGCGAGGAUCGUUGUCGUCGUUCAUUUUCUGCAUUACUUUUGUGGAAAAAAUGAAAACUCUGCCCCUCUCGCCAUCGAGUGCGUUCUAUUAAUUCGGGGUUCGAGUGCGUAGUUUAUCUAGUGUAUAUCACCUUCGCCUUCGAGUGGAAGAAUUUUGAACGGCAUUUUCCGAAACCCCUCUAUUGGCAGUGAUGGUUAAGAAGAAGAGCGCCGAGCUGAGGGAUGAUGAUUCCUCGACGGAAUCUAAUGACGAUGUCAGAUCCCACAACCACCAUAAUGCAGCAAUGGGCGAGACUUGCGUUCACAUUAAGAAGUCUCUCGAUUUGAUGGUACUGAGAAAGAAGUUGCGAGUGUCAGGGUUGGAUAAACAAUGUUCCAAAUGUUUGGAGGAAAAGCCAACGGCUGCGGUGAAACCUGCCGAAGGCGAUGCGGAUGGAGCUGUGGACGGAGAUGGGCUACAGUUUGAGGAAGAUUUGAGUCUCUGGCUCUGUCUGAAAUGUGGAACCCAGUUGUGCGGGGUAUAUCGCAAUAAGCAUGCUAUGGAUCAUUACAAGACCCCUCGAUCGGAAUCUCAUGCGCUGGUGAUGAACACGACCGAUUUCAAGGUUUGGUGCUACCAGUGCGACGUGACGGUCAAUCCAAAAUCGAUGCCCCGACUGAUGGAAUGCGUUGAGUUUAUAACGCGUGAGGCGGAAAAGGCGAAAGCUAAAGAUAAUGGUCCACCGGCAAUCGCCAAUAUUGAGGAAAAGCUUAAGACAACCGCCGACUCGUUGAGGGCUCUCAGCGAUUCAAGUGUCACAAACAGCACCAUGGGCGUCGGGAAUCAAACGCGAUCGGAUAAUGUAAAUUACCGUGAUUUACGGUUGGAUUUUGGGAAGAAUCCAUCCCCUGCUGCUACUGCUGCUGCUUCCGUUGUGGACAGUUUGCCUAGACUUCGUGGGCUAUCGAAUCUGGGCAACACAUGUUAUUUCAACGCGGUCCUGCAAUGUCUAGCCCGAACGCCCUUCCUGUUGGAAGUUCUGCAGGAAUCGGCCGUUGCCGGGGAAAAGUUUCAGCUGCCGGGCGGCGUGUUGAAAUUGAAGGAUGGCACAGAGUCUGAGAUGAGACCGAUCAACGGCGAGCUGAACCAAUGGGGACCGUUGACCGAAGCGUUGGCAGAAGCACUGGCCGAGCUGAAGUCCAGCGCCGGUGGAGUCUUUUCGCCGCAAAAACUUCGUCGCCAGCUUAUCAUCAAAUGUUCCCAGUUUGCUGGGAUGGAUCAGCACGAUUCACACGAGUUAUUGAGGCAUCUGCUCGAGAGCGUACGGAAUGAGGACCUAAGAAGAUACCAACUGGUGAUCCUGCUAUCGAUGGGCUACGGAAAGAAUGUCGACCCAGCGAGCGUUGAAGACAGCAUAAAGGAGAAAAUCAAAUACUACGGACUGCAAGCGGCGGACCGAAUUCUGCGACCGGAACAGGUGUUCCGGGGUUUCCUGGUGUCGACCCUCACCUGUCAGGACUGUCAUCACGUCUCACCGCGCCACGAGUCCUUCCUCGAUCUGUCGCUGCCGGUGAGUAUGGAAAAACCCCAACCACCCAAUCGACGAAAAGGUAGCCCCGAGCCGGACAACGGAGCGAGCGCGGGUUUCAUCGGUCCGAAACCGAUGAGCAACAAAGAGCGCCGACGACUGAAGAAGGCUGAUCGGGCAGUAAAGCGGGACAAACAGUGGCUUAACCUGAAUGCUGCCGUCGGCAUAAACAGCGGGUCGGCAGCGGGUGCGGGUGAGGAAAGCACCGGGGAUGUUGGGGGAGGAGGAGGCGAUGCGGAAUCAGGCGCGGACAACGACGGAAUGUCCGAUGCGGACGUUGAGGAUAAUCUGACGGAUGAUUCGCAGCCGAAGAGAGUGCUUGAAGGUGUGGACCAGAACGGGAAUCAAUCUGCCGGCACACCUGUAGGACCGGAGAAGACGGACGAUACACCAGAGAACCCCAACAAAGGAGUCGUUGGUGAGAAAAAUGUUAUUUGCGAGUUCGGUCUCAGCGUCGAGGGGGUGGCCAAUAUGAUGGAGAAGAUCAACAUUAACAAUGAACAGCAGCUGCAGCAGAUGGAUUUGGAGGCCAAAAAAGCCAAAGCACGCCGUCAACGAACGCUGAGUCACAGCGACUGGGGAAGCACACUGGUCCCUCGGUAUCAGUGCGAGGAGAACGAGUGUUCGAUCCAGUCCUGUCUCAACAGCUUUACCGCAGUCGAACUGAUGACCGGCAACAAUAAAGUCUGCUGUGAAGCAUGUACGAAGCGAAUUAAUGGCGAAAACGGCAAAUCCGUCAAUACAAAUGCCACCAAACAAUUCCUCAUCUCUUCCCCGCCAGCCGUUAUGAUUCUCCAUCUCAAGCGCUUCCAGGUUGGACCUCGCGGGAUGCUGCGAAAGAUGACCAAAACCGUAACCUUCCCGCUGGUGCUCGACAUUGCCCCGUUCUGUGGAUCCCGUAUCAAGCGACUCCCGAAUGUGAAGCCAGGCCAAAAAAAGCUGCUCUACUCGUUGUACGGCAUCGUGGAACAUACCGGCACGAUGCACGGUGGACACUAUGUCGCGUACGUUAAAGUCCGUCCCCAGCUGGCGAAGGAUGACCCCCGGUGGGCAUUUAUUCCGAAGGGCUCGAAAACCGAACUGGAUCAGGAGGAUGAGCAGGCGGUUCAGCUUGAGCGCGAGUUGGCUAAAGAGCAGGCCCGCAGGAUGACCGCAAGUGCUUCGGCGCGCGACAGUGACGAUGCGCUAACUUCGUCCAGCAGCACCUCGAGCAGAUCGUCUCCCGAUACGCCUACGGACGCCGAAGAGGAGGGAGCCGUUGGCUAUUCACCCAAACCGGAGACGCUACCGGACGUGGAGUCGACACCCGGUAAGUGGUACUAUGUUUCCGACAGUCACGUGCGAGAGAUUCCCGAAGAAAACGUGCUGAACGCGGAAGCCUAUCUACUGUUUUACGAGCGGAUCUUCUGAACAAACUCUGUUGUGCAUUCGCAAUAUUAUUAUUAAUCUUUCUCUUCCCCCCAGUCCGUUUUUUAAACAAAAGAUAAUCAUUGUGAGAAUUGCAUUGCCUAGUGUAGAUAAUCUUGUUCAGUUUGUUAAUCUUCAAAUUUGUCAGUCGGCAAAACGAAAGCGACAUCUAGUCGUGGAAACGCUCUUCCUUGACUUACCCAAUACACAAACCAUAUGGCAAUUGGGAAGUUGAUCUUCCCUACUUACACUCAAACACACACGCAUAAGCACACCCAAAUAUACACACACCAAUCAGGAAUUUUGGUGCCUUUUUUUUUUGAACCAUUGAACUGUGAAUUAUGUUUUUUAUAAUUAAUUUAAUCUUCGCGAGAAGAUCCCGGAAAGAUAAAAAAUCUAUUUCUUUACUCAA